AUGGCUUCCGCUGAUCAAGCCUCUUCGAAUCUUGUUCUAGAUCCAGUGGAUUCUUCGGAUUCUAAUGAAUUGAAUCCCAAUCCAUACUGCUUGAAGAGUGGUGAUAAUCCUGGUUCUAUUCUGGUCACUGAGCUUUUGAUUGGACGUAUCAAUUAUCCAUCCUGGUCACGAGUAAUGGUUAUUGCUCUCACUGCCAAGAACAAAAUUGAGUUCAUCAAUGGUGUUAUCGGCAAACCAGAAGCCAAUUCUCCACUGUACAAAGCUUGGACUCUUGCAAACACAAUGGUUCUUUCUUGGAUAUACAACUCUGUGAACAAGAACAUCAAAUCUAGUGUGAUGUACAACGAGACUACUAGGCAGAACAAUCUUUUGGUGAGUGAUUACUUCACUAAUUUCAAGACACUUACUGAUGAAUUGAUGAAUUGUGAUCCUUUGCCUGAAUGUUCUUGUGGAGCAAUGAGGAUUUUGACUGAAAAAUUUGAGAAAGAUUGUGUAAUGAAGUUCUUAAUGGGACUGAAUGAGAACUAUGCUGCAAUUCGAACUCAAGUCCUCAUGGCUGAACCAAUGCCUGAUCUGAAUAAGGUGUAUUCUAUGGUUCUUCAUGAGGAAAUGCAAAAGAACAUUAGUUCAUCCUCCUCCUCUGAGAUUGAAGCAGCUGCUUUGUAUUCUAAUGUAAGUGCUAAGCCUAAUUCAGGGAAUAGGUAUGGGAAUCGAAAGGAAAGGCCAAUUUGCAGUCAUUGUGGCAUUUAA